AUGGCGUCUCCCGAUCCGGCUAUUGCUGAGGCGGUGGCACGAGGAAACCCUGUGGUAUUUUUCGACGUGACCAUCGGCGGGGCGCCCGCGGGACGCAUCAAGAUGGAGCUGUUCAAGGACACCUGUCCCAAAACCGCGGAGAACUUCAGGCGGUUCUGCACCGGGGAACACCGGCAUCAGGGCAUUCCCACGGGGUACAAGGGGGCGCCUUUCCACCGCGUGAUCAAGGACUUCAUGCUUCAGGGGGGAGACUUCGUGAAGGGGGACGGCACGGGCAGGAUGAGCAUCUACGGCGAGAAAUUCGCGGACGAGAACUUCGACCUCCGCCACACAGGUCCUGGACUGUUGUCCAUGGCAAAUAGCGGGCCAAACACGAACGGCUGUCAGUUCUUUGUGACGACGGCGAAGGCAGCCUGGCUCGACGGCCUCCACGUGGUAUUCGGAAAGGUGUUGGAUCCAGCGUCUAUGCUGACGGUGAGGAAAAUCGAGAACGUCUCCACGGGGGUGAACAACAAGCCCCGACUCACCGUCGUCAUCCAGGAGUGCGGAGAGCUCUAAAAGGCAGUGGGAUUGGCCUAAACCCACACGGAAUCUAGAGCAGGAAAGCCUAAAGGGACGGGUUCUGUGAAACCCUUACCCCAAUGCUUCGUCUUGUUGGCUGUUGUAAAAAUAAUAUGGAAGAAAGGAGUGUACUGAAGCCUUUUCGGUUCCUGAUGCAGGUAUGUAGGAACGUUCAAAAUGACAAAAUGGCAAAGGUUGAGUUCUUCCUAGAAUACGAACGGAGUUGUUUUUGAC